CUAAAAUUUAAAAAAAAAAAAUUUAUUAAAAAAUUUAAUUAAUAAAUAUAAAAAAAUUAUAAAAAAAGAAAAUAAUAAUUUUGUUUUAAAUACUAGUUAAUCACUACAAAUAAAUUAUAUUUGCAACGAAGAGGUGAAGAACACCUUUCUUCUAAUUUUCUUACUUAAACGUUUAAAAGUCAAUUUCAACAUGAAUCAUAAAAUUAAUUGGGAUUACAUCAUAUUCUGGAGCGGUAUACUGACAGUUUUGGUACUCAGUCAUAAAGCCAAUGGAAUAUUUACAGGUAAUUAAAAAAUGUUUUUAUAAAUACACAUAUCUGUCAGCACUUUAUAACGCCAAGGAAAAAGAACAACAUGUUAAUAAGUACUGUAGAUUUGAUCACACUGAUUCCAAUGACCUGCACUGCACACACAUACAAUGUCCCACAAAAUGCCCAGCAGACAGUUAUCUCAAAUCCACACUCGACGAUGAAGAGGACGAAGACUCUGAAGACUAUGAAGAUGAACUGCUGGGUCAUGAUCCAUACAUAGAAGAGCUGGGGCAUUUUGAAGAACUACCACCCGAAGAGGAAUUACAUGAAACACAUAUGCCACAACACAUUCUCAAAGAAAGACAAAAGAGAGAAGUAUUCUUUCAAGAAGAAAUCGAAAGAUGUUGUGAUAAUCAGAAAUGUGUUUGCAACAAGUGUGAUGAUGUGCCUAAGUGUGCUGCCGGGCAUGUAGCCGUCGAAGUUCAUGAGGGCCACGGAGUGCCUGGAAAUUGUUGCUCGAUCUAUAGGUGUGUCGAAAAGGAGGAAUGUAAGAUAGGCGUAAAACAAUCCUGGUGGAAUAAUAAAUGUCACAAAUGUUCCUGUUUUGGGGAGUCAGAAUUGUGUAUGCAGAUUUGUCCCGAAGAGGAAAUUUUACAAAAUUGUUAUUCAGAAUAUUUGCAAAAACCCAUGAUGAAUGGUGCCAUUUGGAAAGAGGGCAUAUGUACUAAUUGUAGGUGUGAGCAGGGAAAAAGAAGAUGUUUUGCUUCAGCUUGUUUGAACGAUGAUGAAGUAGAUGAGAGGCCGGAAAUUGUGCACGAUAAUGAGAAAGAUAUAGAGGAAGUGGUAGAAGAUUAUGCUACAGAAUCCAGCACUAUUGAGACACCCUUAAUAAGAGUGAACGAAGAGACUAAUUCAACUAUCUCUAUAGAAAAUACCAAUUUGCCAGUUAUAGAUGACGGCCUAAUAAAUGAAGCCCAUACUAUAUCUCCCUUGUUCGGAGCAGAGGAAUCAUCAAAUAAACCUUUUGAAAUUGAAGAGAUUUCUUCAUCGACUUUCAAACCAGAAACAGGAGAUCUUUUUGCUGGAAAUUCUUCUCAUUUUGAGAGCACAACUUCAGAAUCUUUAUUGGAAACUAUGGUAAACUCUACUGUAUCUUCUAUUUUGGAAAUUUCUUCUUCUCCAGUCAGCUCCUCAGAAGAGUCUUUAAGUUCUCUAGUGACCUCAACUGAAGAGCCUAAAUUGAAAAUAAAAAUGGAACUAGAUUCCGAAAUACCUAACAAUAACACUAGCAGCGAAGAACCUAAGCCUAUAGAAGAUAUCGAAGAGAUUUCCUUUACAACUACAGCUUCUUCAUUUGAUGUUUCAAAAUCUAUAUCAAUUGUGGAAGUUGAGCAAGAUUCCUCUUCAACUAUUACUACCACAGAAGAACCACCGACAUCUUCUAUAUCCACAGUAACCAAGAAUUCAUCUGAAAUUCCAGUGGAAUUGUUCAAAGAUGAGAUUACAACUCCCGAAAGUUUGCUGGCAACAACAACAGAAGAAAUUUCCAGCACAACCUCAAGAAGUCAUAUUGGAGAGUCUUCCAGUAUUAUUGAAGACAUAUUUUCUUCAACAGCUUCUACUACAGCUUCUCCCAUUGACUUUGAAACUACAAAAUCUUCCGAAACUACUGUAGAAAUCAAUAGUGUCUUCUCCACUACUCAUACUCCCGAAACUACAAUGGCCUCUUAUCUAUCACACUCAACUUCAGUCGCUACUGAAUCCACGAUGACCGAAGAAACUUUGACCACAAUUAAAACGAUAACAUCUUCUACAGUAUCAAAGUUAAACAGCGAUGAAACUAGCACUACAACUCCCCUAGAAACUACUACAAGUGAAACCGCAUACAGCACACCUACUACAAACUCCUGGACCUCAACGCAGACAUCUUUAGCGAUAACCUUGUCUUCAGAUCAAUUCUCUACCACAAUCUCUUCGACCUCCACAACUUCUUCACCAUUUUCCCAUAACAGCGACUUUACCACCUCUACAGAAGCCUCUAUCUCUGCCGAAUCUUCCUCAACCUCCACCACAACAGCACCCGAGCCUCUUAAACCGCUAUAUCAACCUUAUGGCGACUUCAGCACCGAAGAGCGAGUACCCAGUACACAUAAUCGCAUGCGUAUUAUCUUUGAUGAAAUCGAUUAUGUAGUCAUGAUUGUACUCUUUAUUGGAUCCAUGUUAUGCAUUGCAUUGGGUUUGAUUAUACGCCACACCAAAAAUCGCAAGAAGAUGUACUCAAGUAUACCGAAUUCCGAGACCAGUUUAAGUCAAACUUCAACUGUUAUCGAUGUAAUACCGGUGUAGAUGUGAUAUUAAAGAGAAAGAGAUAGAGAGGGAGAGAGAAAUGUAGAUGGAAGAAAAGAGAGUAUAUCCGAAUGGAAAACGAAGAAGAAGCAGAACUUUAAGGCGAAGAGCUGAAGAAGAAAGAUAUUAGGAAAGAGAUUUUAGGCCAAAGUGUUUGAAAAAAGGGGUUUCGGGGGGUUUUAAUGCGGUUUAAUAGGGAGAUAAAGAAAUAAACCUAGAACAACAUGUUGCUUAACAUGUUUAGGAACAGUAUUAGGUUUCUUUAGAAAACUGUUAUACGUAACAUUUAAACUUUCAUAAAACUUUAUUAACAAGUUGCUUAACAAUAGAAUAGGUUUCAAAAAAAUGUUACAACAUUCUUUUAACUUGUGACAACAUGUUGCUAAACUUUUUUUUAGCUUUUAGUAAACUUUAUUUCAAACUGUUGUACAUUACUUUAGAAAACUGUUAUACUUAUGUUUUAAAACUGUUAUAACUCUUUAAAAAGACACUCUUUUUCAAACACUUUCGCCAAAGAACAUUUAGUAGAACAAAACUUAUUUUUUAUCAUUUUUAUUUUAGUUGAUAAUUUUUUUUUUAAUUUAUUUAUUUUCAAAAUUACUUUUUGUAUUAUUUUAUAAAAGAUUAAUUUCUUUUUUUAUUAUUAUUAAUUUUAUU